GUAAACCCGUCGGGAAUAAAUCGAACCGACGUCUCUGUCUUUCUUAGAUAGAAAUAUGAUAAACAGCACAGAAGAAAACAAAAACCAAAGGUCAUAAAAAUCUCUUCUGUGUGGCUUAUUGAUGUUGAUUAUAGUAUAGUUCCGGCUGUAUAUUUGUAUACGAUUGAAUAUUGAUGAUUUUGGAUGAUUAUUGAUUUCUGGGGUUCAUGAUAGAAGAGCACCUGAGUUUCUUGUAAGCAAUGACACCAUCAUCAAUAUUCAUUUUAAUAAUAGCCAGCCAUUAUCAGUACGAUGACCAUACAAUUGCCGUUAAUGGAAAUCAAUCAGCUUUCGUACUCGAAGACAAUUCUGGUGUAAUUCCUGAGCCACAAGAGAAUUAUGUAGUACAAAAUAUCGGUAGGACUCCUGUGAGAGCGCAAGUUUGGUAUGGAACCGAAAUCCUUCCUUGGCUUGGCAUCAUAGACGCAGCUGCAAUCAAUCCAGGAGAAAAAAUUGAAUUGGAUAACGGAGGUAGAAGGUAUUACAUCACCGGGUUGAAAAUAGUGAAUCCAAACGACACCAGAGCCAUAAUCCAUGCCGAGGGUGGCGAUUUACCCACCCCUUUCGUUCCGCCUAGCAUUUUGAUCGAGAAGGUUCUACGAGAACUAUUAGGAAUCGGCAUGGUCAAACUAUUGCCUUUCGGAAAAUAUCUCCACCGUUUCGUGGAUCUCAUCGACUUCUUUUGGCCGCACCACCAACCGGACAUUUGGCAAAAUAUGACCGACAAAAUUCUCCCUGUCUUGAACGAAAAGGAGAUUCAGUUGGUGCAUUCUCUACUCAACAAUAAGAUACGAGUCUACAAGGAUCAGAUAAAGAGUCUGCAACAAGAAAUAGAUGAUGGCGAAAAACCCCAGGAACAUUACAACAGCAUAGCUUAUAGCCUGAUUGGAGUGGAACAGGAAUUUAUAUUCAAUAAUAUGAUGGACAACUAUAAGGAGAUCAAUUUGUCCCUCUUGCCGAUGUAUUCAAAAUUCGUGUCCAUGAAAAUGAACUUCUACAUUUUAGGUUUGACGGACAACAACAUCAUCGAUAUCAAGAGGUACAUGAAUAAGACCGUUGAAGGUGCUAACAAAUACAUUAUGAGCAUGCGAACAGAACCGAUCGAUGCAGCCUAUAACAGUUCUCCUGCUGCCGGAAUAUUCGACUCCAUGAUGACAGUUCGCACCCACCUGGCCCUGCACGGCGAAGAAUACCUGCCGUUCUGGAAGAAAAUGGCCGUCGAUCCCACGUCAAACCAGACCGUAUACAACGACGUCAUCUCUUUUUCAUCCUUCUUCGGCAGACCCACGGCCAAUCUCUACGCCCAAGCCACUCCUAGGGAAGUACCGGAACCUCUGCAGCCCAAACUGAUGAACGGGCGGCGAAAUACGCUGGUCAGCGUAAGAGUUUACCUCUCGGACCAGGGCUCGGUGGCCGGUUUGCGGCUGGAGUUUUCGAACAAGGCUGCUUACGAUUUGGGGCUGGUAACUGACAAUUCCAGCAGGUUCGAUUUCAGCGAUACCCACAUUGAGAGUCUGCAGGCUUUCGGUGACGGUAGAGUGGACGGGUUGCAGUUCCGCCUGGGGUCGGGUGACACUUGGACGUUUGGAAAAGUGACGUCGAAAAUAUCCAAGAAAUUUCAGUUGGCGAAUCACCGUAUCGCGUCAAUUUACGUGGCGAAUGACAGCAGAUAUCUGGGAUAUCCGAUUGCUAAUAUAGCCGUUUCCUAUCAGUGGCUUUAUUGAUAAGUUAUAACCUACUCCGUAUUUAUGGAUAUUGGUGUAACACAUUUUUCGAAAUAUAUGGUAUUGAAAA